AGAUGCAUAUGUUUGUGUUUGUGAACGUGUCAGUGUGUGGACUAAAGGGCCAUUAAUGAAUAGCAAACAAGUAAAACAAAUACAAUUUAUGUGGAUUUUAUGUGAAAAUGUCUGAGACACUACAAACAAUAUUAACAUUGCCCCCAUUUUGUUUAGUUGAUUUUACAUCAGCCGAAAAAAUAACCUCUACAAUAAAUAACCAAGGAACUGUUGUUCUGCUGUGGAUGAGUGUCAUGGCUUUACAUUUCUGAGAUCUGUCGGUGUGUGUAACGCCUAGGGAAAAAUUGGUCCUUUCCUGUUGAUUUGAGUGAAGUGAGGUUGAAUCUACCUCAUGGCUGAUGAAGAGAGUGUGUACAUCUCAUUGAGACCAAAGAUUUGUGUGUGUGUGUUCAGAGGGCAGGGCUGCUCAGUGUGGGUGUGUUAGAGGGAAAACCUUAUAAAAGCCAUGGAGAGCUGUUCUCCUCUACUCAUCUAUCAGUUUAUCUGUCCAUCAGCUGCUCUUUGGUGUCCAACUUGUCUCCAUCACCUCGUCUCCAUCACCUCGUCUCUAUCACCCCGUCUCCAUCAUGCUGGCUCCAGCUCUGCUCCAGACUACGCUGGUUCUCUGGCUGGUUCAGCAAACUCUGCAAGGCGGGGUGGUUAAACCUCAGAGUGUUUCCUGGGGGAAAGUACUGCCAGCUAGAGGUGUUAAUGUUGCAAUGAAACCUGGAGUUGCAGGAACUCUCGGAGCUCUUGGGAACCGAUUUGGCACUAAAGCCAUGAAAACUGGAAAACUUUUUGACUCCGUUGGUCGUUAUCCCGGGGCACAGCUCGGUGUUGGGGGAUUCCGUUCUCUGGGACUGGGAAGUAAAGCAGGUCUGAAGCAGGGCAUGUUACCACAGGGGGCCUACGGAGCCAGUCUGGGAACUGGAAUGCCAGUGGGCGCUGGUCUCACCAAUGGGCUGGGGCUGGGCUUGGGUCAGGCUGGGAGACGUGUUUAUGGCGCUGGUCUGGGAAAUCUGCCCGGAUAUGGGAGCGUAGCAGGCGUUGGAUAUCCUGGAGCCAGACCAGGCCUUGGACUUGGUUAUCCCACCGGACAGAGGCCUGAGGACCAAGUACCUGGUGUCUCUGCAGCAGAUUUGGGUGGACCUGGGCUGGACAGUCUGGGCAAAACCAUUCAGGAUCUGAGGAGAAAACAGCUGAGAGAUUUUGUUCGAUUGUACGGACACAGGUACAAAAGUCUUGGACCUUUGCUGCCACCUGGGAGUGAUGCCGUCCUUGGUCAUUCUGCAUCCCAGUUACAGACAGGAGGACAGGUCAGACUCCUCGAUAAGGUGUUUGAGUCAGCAGGUUUGGGGCAAAAUCCUGGUUUUGAUGAAUUACAAGCCAGAGGAGGACAGGGAAGUUUUGGGCCUAUGAUCGUGAAAAGAAAAAGCAUCACAGUGGCAGCUGGAGGAGUGACACGGCAACUGCCUCUGGAAAAAUAUGACAUCGGCCACCGUGACUCCGUUUUGACACCAAGACCAGAGGACGGUGAUCCGAGCAUUCAACAAAAUCAGCAGAUGCUGAACUGUGGGUUCACAGGGGAUUUAUCAGAGUUUUUGAAAACAGAAAUUAUUCAGGGUUCAGUUUCUCGACCUGACAGUGGAAAAGAUGGCAAAGAUGUGACGGCGGACGCACAAAAAGAGAACACUCGCCCAGAAACUCAACAACCCGCAGUUACAGCAGACAAACAAGGUGAUAAAGACCUUGGAGUUGGUACUGAAGACACAAAUAAAAUUAGAAUCCGUGGAACUGUCGCUGUUGAACACCGCAGUGGUGGCUCUCUCAGUCUUCAAGGAAAAGUAGGACUGCUGGUUCCACGGGCAGGUGAUGGCCAAGGUGUAGGCAUCGGCGUGUCGGAAAAGCAGGAAGCUAAAGGCGUUACUGCCGAGGGUCAGAGUGCAGAGCAGUACGCUAUCAAAGAGCCUAAAGUGCUCAAUAUUCCAAGGCAAACCGGGAGGAAUGAUCAGACAUCACGUUAUGCUGGAGGAGCAGGGAACUACCUGGGAGCAAGCCUGGGCAAUGGUGGAUAUGGAGCAGGUUUGGGACAGGGUGGGUAUCUGGGAGCUGCAGCUGGAAAACUGGGAGCACAUGGACAAGGUUUAUAUCCCCAGGGUGUUCCAGGCUAUGGUGAUGGAGCCUACCUGGGAGCUAUGGGAAAUGGCUAUGGCUACGGGAAUGGUUACAGCGACGGCUACGGCGCUGGGCUUGGUUACCCUACUGAGUUAGCUGAUCGGGGUGUGAACAAAGCAGGGAAGCGUGAAGGCUUCAACGCUGGAGCCUACGGCCCCGUCCAGGGAUCCUACGGUACACUCGGUGCUGGUCUGGAGUCAGCUGGUGGUAAAUAUGCAGGAGGAGCUGGUUCUUAUGGAAAUGCUCCAGUAAUUCCCGCUGGACUGGAAGGUGACGGGGGCUAUCCGUACGCUGCUCAGCCCCUCAGCCUCAACGCUGAAGGUGCCAAAUCCUCCAGCAAAUUUGAUGCUGGUGUAGGAUUUGGACCCCGGCAAGCAGGUUACGGUGCACAUCUAGGAGCCACUCAGGAUGCUCUGAGUAAGGAGAGCAACGUGGCAAAUACACUGGUGUGAACGGUGCCCUGGGAAAUGGUUACAAAGCCUGAUUCAAAUGAACCUGAGCUUCUUCAAGUGAACCAUUUCCUUGAGGUGUUCGCUACGAUGUGUUUUGUGUUUUUCUAGUCCGUUUUGUCCAGUUGUCUUGUGAACGUUGACCCUGUUUUAAGUUCUUCUCUCUGUCUGUCUGUCUGUGCUCAUGGAUAUGUCUCUUGUUAAGCCAGAACCUGCAGCACAAGUGCUCGGAAAACUGUGCCAGUGUUCAAGUUACCGUUGACAUGGAUUGCCUUCUGAUUGAAGCCAAUAAAUUAUACGUUACAUGAUGCUGACCCAAAGUUUCGGAGUUAAGAUAUAUCACUUUUUGUUUACCUCAAAUGUUCUCUUUAAAACCACACAGCACACGGGAAGUUGUACCACUUCCUUUUUCAUGAUGGCUACUGAAGCCUCACAAAAUGACACCAAGAUGCAAUUCAUUUCAAGUGGAACUAAAUGAAACUACUAAGUAGCCUGAUUAUAUAUUGCUUCUAUUGUGGUAAAAAGAACAUACAUAAAGCCAAAAGAAAACCCAAUAAUAUCACAUGACGGAAGACAAACAUGUUUCAAACAAAUGCACUGCAUAUAAUAAAAUGGUUUAAUGCAUAGAAAUGAAACAAUGUCAAGUAGGUUUAUACAAAACACUUUCUGUUUCUUAAAAACAUGCCACUCUAGGCGAGAAUUUUCCAUUGGUUAGAAGUUUUUGAAUUACAUUACUUGUAACAACAAAGCAAUGUGAAUGCUGGUUGCCUUGACAUUAGCUCAUAAAACAAGUCUGAAAACAAUAGAUAAAAAACCAUAGAAGAUAAAAA